AAAAAAAAACAAAUUAAUAAAUAAAAGAAAAUUAAGAGGUAAGUCGGGUCUACCAAAAGCUGAGGCCGUUAUCUUCCCGCGAAGCACCUCGCUCUCUUUCAAUGGCUUCAAUUUCAGCUCUUGGAUCUCCUUUCUUCCUUCUCAAACCCUCAUCUCCAGAACGAGCAGAGCUGAGUCCCUUCAGAACCCGCAUAGAUUUUGGUGUUCUGCUUCGUGGGGUGACUUCUAUCAAUCCAAAUAAGUUUCGCAUCGCUAGGCUAAGGAUUGGCAAUUGGGCUUAUAAGUAUUGGGUAUGCUACACAGACAGGCCAAUUUUUUUGUGUAAGCUACGGUCUUGCCUCAACUGAGUUGACCUUCUCACUGUAGCCGUCGUGCAGCUACACUCAUCUAAAACGUAACUUUCAAUGUUGAUGUGAAAGUAAUCCCAUGAGCAAUAUACAAGACAUUGACCGAAGAAAAGUGCUGAUAUCGUCCAUUGGAGUACUAGUUGGAGCCUUGUGCAGUUCACCAAUGAAUGGAGUAGCUUCUGCAGCUGAAUUUACUGAUAUGCCAGCACUUAGGGGGAAGGAUUAUGGCAAGACAAAGAUGCGGUAUCCAGACUACACAGAAACAGAAUCAGGUCUUCAAUAUAAGGACUUGCGACCGGGAAGUGGACCUACACCAAAGAUGGGAGAGACAGUUGUGGUUGAUUGGGAUGGUUACACGAUAGGCUACUAUGGCCGCAUAUUUGAAGCUCGAAACAAAACUAAGGGCGGCUCUUUCAUGGGAGAUGACAAGGACUUUUUCAAAUUUAGGAUUGGAUCUCAAGAGGUAAUUCCAGCUUUUGAAGAAGCUGUUAGAGGAAUGGCUUUGGGUGGCGUUAGAAGGAUCAUAGUGCCCCCAGAACUGGGAUAUCCUGAGAACGACUACAACAAAAGUGGCCCAAGGCCAACUACUUUUUCAGGCCAGCGAGCCUUGGAUUUUGUGCUGAGGAACCAAGGACUGAUAGACAAGACUUUGCUGUUUGAUAUCGAGCUCCUCAAAAUCAUACCAAACUAAUCAUUUGCGAAUUUCCACAUGCUUCAUUGGCACUAUCUGAAACAUUAAGAUAGCUGGAAGAUAAUUGCAAAUCAAGGAAGCCACAUUUUGAAAGUAGAGCUGUUUCACCAUAAUUUUCAUGAAAUUAGAGCUGUUUUGUCAUAAUUCUCGAUUUAUUGUCGAGGUAAGAAAGCAUAUAAAUAUACGGCUCUUUGCCUACCAGAGUUUAUAGAUUCAAGAUACCUACCAUGUGAAAGCUUUGAUGUAUCUACUACUCAAGUCAGUAAUAUCUUUCCCUGUAAUUAAAGUUGCAUGCUACAAUUUCAGCCUGGAAUUUUGUUUCUUGUUGUAUUUACUACAUUUGUUCCACAGGCUCAGAACAUUUGUCUUUCAGGUAAUUCUGGUGGUUCUGUGUCUUGACAUUUACAAUGAACUUUUGGACCCUACCACAUGAUUUUUUCA